AUGAGACUUCUAAUGGUCAAUCGUUCAAUCAAAAAUUCUUUUGGUAUGUUGUACGAUGUUUUGGUGAAAGUCGACCGAUUUAUCUUUCCGACCGACUUCGUUAUUCUUGAUUGUGAGAUUGAUCAUGAGGUCCCAAUCAUUCUUGGUAGACUAUUCUUAUCUACCGGAAGGGCCUUUAUAGAUGUGGAAUAUGGGGAGAUGAAAUUUCGGGUGAACAAUGACGAAAACUUUAAAAGUGAGGUGGUUGAAGAAUAUGAUGAGGUGGUAACUUCAUUGACGGGCCUUGGAUCUUACACCAAGAACCCGAUCAAAUUGGAUCUUGAUUUGAAAAACCAUGAGAGUCCACCCGCCAAGCCGUCUAUUAUUGAACCACCUCAACUUGAACUUGAUUUGUUACCAUCUCAUCCCCAAUAUAUUUUCUUGGGUGAGGAAAAGACAUUAUCAAUCAUUGUAGCGGGUGAUCUUGAACCUUGCCAAGUGGAUGCCUUGAAAUCAAUUAUGAAAAAAUUCAUUCAAGCUAUUGGGUGGACUAUCGCGGACAUUAUAGGAAUCCCUCCCGAAAUUCGUUCUCAUAAAAUCAAGUUAAAUGUUGAUCAUGUUCCUAGUAUGGAACACCAAAGGAGACUCAAUCAACCAAUUCAAGAGGUGGUCAAGAAGGAAAUCAUUAAGUGGCUUGAUGCAGGAGUUGUCUACCCAAUUUUGACUAGUACGUGGGUGAGUCCGAUCCAAUGUGUUUCCAAAAAAGGUGGCAUGACGGUUUUCCCUAAUGAGAAUAAUGAUCUUGUACCUAUGCGUCCGGUCACGGGUUGGAGAGUGUGUAUGGAUUAUCGCAAAUUGAACUCAUGGAAUGAGAAAGACCACUUUCCCAUGCCAUUUACGGAUCGAAUGUUGGAUAGAAUAGUCGAUCGAGAUUCUAUCGAUGGUCAUGCCAGAUUUUAUCGGCGUUUCAUUAAGGAUUUAUUGAAAAUUGCUCAUCCUUUGUGCAAGAUUCUUGAAAAUGAGGAAAAAUUUAAAUUUGAUGAUGAUUGUGUAAAGUCUUUUAACUGCCUCAAGGAACUCCUUGUGUCGGCUCCUAUCAUAGUAGCUCCGAAUUGGUCAUUGCUCUUUGAAUUAAUUUGUGAAACAGGUAGUGUUGCUCUAGGUGCAUUUUGGGCCUAUUUGUUGGGCACGAAAGUGGUUGUGCACACAGACCAUGCCGCUGUUAGAUAUUUCAUGUCUAAGAAAGAGGCAAAACCUCAAUUGAUUAGGUGGAUAACGCUCUUGCAAGAGUUCGAUUUUGAAGUGAAAGAUAGAAAGCGGCGUGAGAAUCAAGUAGCCGACCACCUUUCCCACCUUGAAUCUAAUCAUGAGAAGUUGGGUGAGAUUGAUAUUAAUGGAACCUUCCCCAAAAAGCUAGUCAUUUCACUUUCGGAGAGCAUUACACAUUGGUAUGCGGAUUAUGCUAACUAUAUUAUGAGUGCUAUGGUUCCUGACGAGCUAAAUCAUUAUCAAAAGAAGCCAUUCCUAUUUGAUGUGAAAAAUUAUUUUUGGGAUGAACCGUUCUUAUUUAGGGAGUGUGCGGAUAGUGUGAUAUGUCGGUGUGUCAUGGAGGCAGAAAUGAGAGAUAUUCUUAAAGCUUGUCACUCUUCUCCGUUCGGUGGUCCUCAUGGUGGGAUCUAA